UCGAGGCUUUGAAUUCUGCAUCGUGAGAUUGAAUUGGCCAUCAUGAACUGUCGUCUGCUAGUGUCGUUUGUCAUCGUUGGACUUGUUGCUCAUCAAGUAUCAGCACAGGGUGGUGGCUCAUGCGCAGGAUGUUGUGACUGUGGAUAUAUGAACGGUUGUUACUGCGAUGACUAUUGCCAGGACAAUAAUGAUUGCUGCUCAGAUUACAGUGCCAAUUGUGUCGUCGUCGACCCCUGCUCAUCCGCUCCAUGUUUGAAUGGCGGUGCUUGUGCCCAAGGUCAAGGGACUUCUUAUUAUUGCACUUGUCCGUCAGGAUAUAGCGGGCAAAACUGUGAAGAGAUUGUUAGUACCUGUCAAGGGCGUUGUGGUGGUCGAGGAAUAGGAGGGUGUUGGUGUGAUUCAUCUUGCAGAAAUCUUGGUGAUUGCUGUGAAGAUUACAAUGCAUACUGCCAACUAGACGGAUGUCUCUCCUCUCCGUGUCAGAAUGGAGGCACUUGUAUCAACAAUGCAGGAUCGUAUUCAUGCGAGUGUCUAUAUGGAUUUAGUGGUUUUAACUGUGAAGAUUUUGACGCCUGUUCGUCCGCUCCAUGUUUGAACGGCGGUGUUUGUACUGACGGUGAAGGGAGCUCUUAUGAUUGCAGUUGCAUGAAUGGAUAUUAUGGGGAUUUUUGUCAACACGUUAACUGGUGUUCAUCUUCUCCCUGUCUUAAUGGAGGGACGUGUAAUAACACUGGAAGUUACUAUACCUGUUUCUGCCAAGUCGGUUUCAGCGGACAAAACUGCGAAUCAACUCAAGUGAUUGGUACCUGUCAGGGGCGCUGUGGAGGACCAGGCCAAGGAGAUUGUUACUGUGAUUCUGUUUGCCAGAACCUAGGUGAUUGCUGUGAAGAUUACAAUAGAUAUUGUCUAUCUGGAAAUGAUACCAACCCUUGUGACUCCGGGCCAUGUCUGAAUGGUGGAGCAUGCUAUGACGGAUACAAUAAUUCAUUUGUGUGUUUCUGUCCCAGCGGAUUUUAUGGAGCAUACUGUCAAUAUUAUCAUGGAAAUGAUACGAACCCUUGUGAUUCUGGACCCUGUCUGAACGGUGGGGCAUGCUAUGAAGGAUACAAUAAUUCAUUUUGGUGUUCCUGUCCCAGCGGAUACUAUGGAGAAUACUGUCAAUAUCAUAAUGGAAACGAUACCAACCCUUGUUAUUCUGGACCAUGUCUGAACGGUGGAUCAUGCUAUGAAGAAUAUGAUAAUUCAUUUUGGUGUUACUGCCCCAGUGGAUACUAUGGACAAUACUGUCAAUAUCAUGAUGGAAAUGAUACGAAUCCUUGUGAUUCUGGACCCUGUCUGAACGGUGGAGUAUGCUAUGAAGAUUACAACAAUUCAUUUGUGUGUUCAUGUCCCAGUGGAUACUAUGGGGAAUUUUGUCAAUAUUAUAAUGGAAACUUCUGUGCCUCUGCACCUUGUAUGAAUGGUGGAUCAUGCUUCAAUAAUACGUGUGUCUGCCCCAGUGGAUACUAUGGGAAUACUUGUCAAUAUGAAAUUGAUGCCUGUAUGUCUAGUCCCUGUCAAAAUGGAGGAACUUGUCACUCAUAUGCGGGCAGUUUCUACUGCAGCUGUCCUCUUUAUUUCUCUGGAGUAUAUUGCGAGUAUUACAUGUAAUAAAACGAGAAUGAACUCAUUGAGAAGUAUCACAGCGCAUUGAAAAUGAGGAGGAAGACAUUGAUUGUUGCUAUUAUCAACUAUUACUUGAAUACUGUGUUUUUUUCUAAAGAAACAAUAAUUGCUUGACGUCAUAUCUCCAGACUCCUGAUAUUCAAAGAAGAAAGUCCUAAUUGCACUUGUAAAGGCUUAUGAUGACGUAAAAUCAAUGAAGCAUAUAUACACUAAGAUAAGAAAACAGAUUGUAUAAAGAGAAAUGUAAAGAAUGGGAUUUCUCAAUAAUAUAAGAUACUCAGAUCACUCUGAAGUUUAUGAUGGAAUGAAAUAUAAUUGAAUAAGUUAUUAUUAGUGAGCCUUUUGCAUUAUUCACUAUUACAUAGAUGGUGUUGAAACAAAAAGAGCACACAAUAGUGGCGCUCUUGCAGAUGGGCGUUACCCAUCGAAUUUCAUUUAUUAUUUCUUUCGGAUACAGCGGCACAUGGGAGAAGGGCGUCUUCUCCCUGUGUCGGGUUCAAAACUUUCACGGUAUUGCCGUUGCAGUCACUUUCAACGU